CUUUCAAUUGGCUCAAUGCCCUAGGCGCACAGAUAGGCUUCGAGAAUGCUUCCAUCGUGCGUAAUCAGACUAGCCUCCGCGGCCGGCGUGCUUGGUUAUCCAUCGGAAAACGGUGUGCACUUUCUUGUUACCUUACAGUCAUAGGCGUACCCUCUACUUUAUGAAGCACACUCCAACAUCAUACCGAAGCCAUCAGGCUUAGUAUCAGUUGCUACUACACUGCCAUAGCGAUGACUACCCCGGAUAUUGAAAAGGUGUUGUCCAAUACCAGAGAAAAUCGAAACAACGCGAACCAUGACGAUGCCAACUACGCUUCAUCACAUCAAUCAUACAAGCAUGAAGAAGAAGAGAUAGCAAGAAUACCAACACAUACAUCCCGCCGUUCGAAAAGCAAGAAUGUUGUUACUGGUCUGGCCAAAACACUCACUGCCCGCUCCAAUGCCACUCUCAUCAACCCCGGGCCUCCCCCAGAUGGAGGCGCCAGAGCAUGGAUACAAGCAUGCAUGGGUCAAAUGGUGAUAGCGAAUACUUUCGGGCUGCUGAGUUCUUGGGGCGCUUUCCAGGCUCACUACACCAACGACCUUAACUUCGAGCCCUCCGCCGUAUCCUGGAUCGGCAGCAUGCAAAUGCUUGGUCACUUUUCCCUCGGGAUGAUCACUGGACGCCUUUUCGACGCGGGAUACUUCUACCAUUCUGUCAUUCCAGGUAUGCUCAUCGCCGCCACAGGGAUGUUCAUGACUAGUCUGAGCACACAAUACUAUCAGUUCUUCCUUGCGCAAGGCCUGAUGAUUGGAAUAGGCUGCGGUAUGCAGUUUGCGCCUUGCAUGUCGCUUAUCGCUACGUAUUUUGCUAAGAACCGGAGUAUUGCCUUAGCCAUCAUGGCGAGUGGGUCCGCGACGGGAGGACUCGUGUAUCCUACAAUCGCGAGGCAGUUGCUUCCGCGCAUCGGGUUUGCGUGGACGGUGAGGACAAUGGGGUUUAUCAUGCUUGCUAUUGGGGCGUGUUACUGUUCCUUGUUGAAGCCACGCCUGCCACCAAGGAAGUCAGGUCCCAUACUUGAACUCAGUGCUUUCAAAGAGCUGCCAUACAGUCUUUUUAUCCUAGCCGUGUUUCUUAUUUCUCUGGGUCAGUACUUCGCCUUUUACUAUAUCGCGUCAUUCGCCGUCGAUGUUCUACACCUUCCUUAUUCAACUUCUAUAAAUGUACUUCUAUGUCUUAACGGUAUUGGAAUUUUCGGCCGCCUGAUCCCAUCUUAUUUCGCGGAUAAGCAUUAUGGAGCCUUCAAUGUCCUGGUCACUCACUGUAUCAUAUCCACCAUUAUUCUUUACUUCUGGCCACUUGUCACAAGCGAAAGCUCUUUGUAUGGCUGGGCCAUUGUCUACGGGUUUUUUGUUGCCGGAUUCCAGGGACUCUUUCCAGCGGUGUUGACCAAUUUAACUAAGGAUAUGAGCAAGGUGGGCACUCGAAAUGGCCAGGGAUUUGCCAUCAUAGGAAUGGGAACUUUCGUCGGGCCGCCGAUCGCCGGUGCGCUCAUCCAGAGUCGGGGAGGUGAUUAUCUGGCUGCUCAAAUGUUUGCCGGUUCGGCGGUGCUAGUUGGAAGUGCGAUCUUGGUGGCUGCGAGGUGCGCGAUUACGGGAUUGAAACUUAAAGUCAGGGUGUAAAGUAGAAAGGCUUGCGUAACUGUAGAUUAUACGUUUUUUUCCUCAAAUGUAGAAGCUGGACAAAUACAUGUGAG